GUCAUUUUGCAAUGUUACGAAAAAGUCAUCAGGAGGAAAUAUUUUGAAAUUUUGAAAUCAAUUGAAAAUAUUUAUCAAAAAACAAAUCAAAACAAUAGUUAACUUUACUUUCUCUUUAGAGUAGAUUCCUUGUGGUCAUAGCUACUAUCGUUAAAGUCAAUAAAAAAUUUAUCGGUCCGAUCGGUCGAAUUUGACCUGCAAUUUCCACACUGAUCAUAUUAAAAAAUAAUGUUAUCCUUUCGCCGAUUUUAUCAUUUGACUGCUUCUCUGCAAUCAGUAAAAAAGCAAGGAAUAAAAUUAUGUAAGAUGAUUGAACCAAGAAACAAGAAGCGAUGGCAUCAUCCUCAAUAUUCUGAAACAAAUAUGAUGCCUAGUGUCAAGAGCCUGACUAAGAUGCAGCAUGAGCCUGGCAAGCGAGGGGUUCGUCGAGUAGCAAUGUUAAACAAACUAUUCAUGAAACAAAUUACAGAUAUUAUGUCUACUGGCACAGUUUCAAUGGACAUUGUUGGACGUGGAAUAGAAAUUUCCAAAGUGAAGGUAAACCCAGACAUGCAGACAGUAAAUGUGUUUUGGGUGUGUAAAGGCAAUGCAAAUGAUGAUGAAACAGAGGAAGUGCUCAACAGAGUGGCAGGAGCUCUACGGCAUGAGCUAUCUACACUGAGGGUCAUGGGAGAAGUGCCUUAUAUUGUUUUCGUCAAAGAUAAACAGGAGUCUCACGUGGCGGACUUGGAUCGGCGGCUAACGGAGGCGGACUACGGCGAGGACUACGCCCUCACGGACGCCGCGCAUAUCAUCAAAACUGAGUUCACUUUGGACACAAAGCUGUCUCCGGAAAUGAAGGCUAAAAUAAAGCUAUUAGAGGAGGAAGUCCCGAUUAUAGAGGAGUCUUUACCAGAAAUGACGCAUAACAUCUACGGGUUAGAUCACGCGAAGAUCAUGAACCGCCUUCUAGCUGCCAGGAAGAAGACCAAAGACGCCUGGGUCAACCUGGACGCCACCCCGGUCAUAUCCUACAGGACCUCGGACAGUAAAAUCCCUGAACCAGAUGUGAUGGAACAGAGGAAGCAGUUGGCGGACUUUUUACUGAAGAGACAGAUAAUGCAAAACAAGCUAAGCAAGCAGCUUAAAGACACACGCUCCAUCCUGGAACCUAGCAAUGAUGAUCACGAAGACUUCGUCUACGAUGAAGAAGUAGAAGAUGAUGAAUAUUAUGAAGAAGAAGACGAAUACGAGGAUACAAGUCGGUUUCACCCAGAUUCGAAACAAGAUAGGCCAACAGUCCGAUGAGAAUUUUAGAUCUUAGUAAAUUAUUGUUACGUU